AUGGAAAAGUCUGGGUGUUGCAACAACAUGCGCACACUGUUGUCUGGCCCGUCUGGAACAAGCACUACCGCUGCUGUCAAAUCCAGAAGUGAUGACCGUGCUUGGUCAACAGGUCCUAUUGCACUAAUUGUGGAUGAAGGAAAGAAAGUAUCAGGAGAAAAUGUUCCAAAGGAGAUCAUAGACAUUAUUAUGUCGCAUUUGAAGCAAUUGCACUUGUGGCUAAGAGAGUUUCUUCCGAAUAAAUCACAGUAUUUGUUAAAGCCUAAGAAAAAGAUUUGCCAGCUUAUUUCUCGAAGUUCACAACAAUGUCUGCAAAUCUUCUAUAAGCUAAUGGCUAAUGGCUACCGCAGAUCUGCCGUACAACGUGCCUUACAGAAACUCGACGCACGAGGCAUCCACCCCCCUCGCAAGACAGCUGCCUCGCCUACAUUCACGGUGUCACGGAUUGGCAGGCAGAUCGGGAGGAGCCUGGUCCAGGAGAAAGACCGCCUUGCUCCACGCUCGCACGCCGGGGUGUACGAGAUAACGAUUGCUUGGGAAAAAAUGUCCUACCUCUUAUCCACAUGCUCUCUGAAUACUUGCAAACUGACUCAAGACACUUUCCAAGCUUUGCAACAUACCACAGCAGUGAGCAACAAGAGUUUUCGGAAAAUGGAAUUUUAUAAAAAUCUGUGA